AAAAAGAUCAAACCAAGAGGAAGAGGAAAAACAAGACCGCGUUGGCAAGAAGUUGAAUGUUAUUCUCUGGAAUCUUUGAAAGGCGUCAUCAUCUCUACCCAAUAGUGGAUCUCUAUUUGGCGGGUAGGAAUUCGUAUGCUCGCGCUGUGGUUGUGAGUAUGCGAGUAACUUCACGAGGCCGGGAAUAGACCCAGCGGCGGCGUAACCUCUUAGCCUCCAGGUCUGCCCCGGUGCUGGGGCGGUGGAUGUCAGCUGGCGCUGAGCUAACAACCGGACAUAACAACACUCAAGGGCACACACAUGGUCGUAAACAACUACCGCCCGCUCGCUGCGAUUUUAAAAGUAUCCCGGUGCAAUUUGGAAACCGCUCUCCGCCCCGUCAUGCACCAGUGAAGAACAUUACAGCCAGCAGUGACUGCGCACAUACACGAGUGUGUAUCUGAGCGUGUGCCGCAGAAGGGCGGAGAUUUUCCAGAUUGCUGGAUUGCCUAAUUACCCCUUUGGGUUUGGGAAUCACGCCUGGAACCUUAAAACACAAAGGAUGAGAAGGAAGGAAAGGAGAUGAUUUAAGUUUGGCUUUCUGCUCGCGACAUGGAGAUGGAUUGAAGGAGAAGGAGGUUGGAAGUUGAGACCGUCCGGGUCAGAGUCAUGAUGUGGAAGUGUACAAGCAGAGGGAACACAAACCGGGCUAUGACUGGAACUAAUUUGAUGCUCGAGUCUGACAGGUCUGAAGCAGCUUCAGUCGGCGCGUAGGUCUGGAUGUUUGGAAUCUCGUGAUAUGAACUCGGAGCAGAUAUUUCCACGCACAAACCUAAGGAUUUACAUCUGAGGAUUAGUUUUCCACGUUAAACCUCCGUCGGUUCGUGAGCGAGGAUGCGAGGAGACAGGAGAUCGGCCUCGUUCCGAAAGGAGAAGCCGGCGGGCCUGUCGCGGGCUCUCAGCUGGCUCAACGUGUCCACGCUCUCCCGUCAGAGCAGGCGCAUCUUCCACAGCCAGAACGAGCUCCACGUUGUCCACAGCCGCCACGCGCAAUCGCACACUCGCCUCCACGCCGCGGACAGAGGCGAGGACAGGGAGGACGACGACGACAACUGGGUGUACCAUCCCCAACACAAAAUAGCGGUGUCCAAUCUGGAUGAGGAGAGCAAGUGGACGGUUCACUACACGGCUCCGUGGCACCAGCAGGAGAACGUCUUCCUGCCCGGCAGCAGGCCGCCCUGCGUGGAAGACCUCCACCGCCAGGCCAAAGUCAACCUCAAGACCGCCCUGCGAGAAUGUGACAAGCUGAGGAAAGAUGGCUUCAGGAGCUCCCAGUACUACUCUCAGGGUCCCACAUUUUGUGACCCGCUUCAGUCCACCUGCAGCCUGCAGGACGAGGAGGACGACGAAAAUGACAAGAAGUCCACAGCUUCGUCUGUGGAGGACGACAAAUCUCAGCUCUCCAUGAGGUCCCAGACGCCACUGGGAGGGGAGGCGUCGGACGUUGACGGACAGGUGGUGUGGAACAAGGCCGCGCCCCUCCCCACGCCAGAGGAGAAGAUGAGGCAGGCGGCUCAGGCCGUGCCCACGGACAUAGUCCCCAUCAACGUCACAGGGGCAGUGUUUGACCGCCAGGCGAGCAUCCGGCGCUCCCUCAUUAACACUGACACCGUGUCCCGCCGGCCCAAGAAGGUCAAACGCAGAAAGACUAUAUCAGGGCUGCCUGACAACUUCAACCUGGAGCUAGCAAAAGGACGCGGCGGCGAGCUUCGGCCACAUUCCAUGUUCAUCCCGGGACAGUACUCCACUUUGGGCCGAGUCGGGAGUGUCAACUCAACGCUGCGACGAUCGGAAACCAGAGAAACGAGCUGCCAGACCGAAGAGGUGAAGGUUGUACCCCCGUCCAUGAGAAGAAUCCGGGCGCAGAGAGGACAAGGAAUCGCCGCUCAGAUGGCCGGCAUAUCCGCUUCCUCCUCCACUGGAAGCAUAUCCGUCUCCAGCAGCGACAGCUCUGGAAUCCUGAUGAUGCCGCCGCAUUACUUUAACGGAGACCCAUCCCGUUUCCAUAGUCUGCCCCGACAGGGCGCCAGGGUGUCCAUCAGUGCUGACCCCAUCUACAGCAGCACGCCCAUCAAGUCAGAGGAACAGCCUCAGAGGCAGAUCGGAAAGCUCCAGGCCGACAAUACGGUGGUACACAUGAGGAACGCCCCGAGGACGGGCACUUUGCCCAGGCCCAAGUCUCAGGAGGUUAGGGGGACGCAGUCCAGCGAGUGGGGUGGUGGUCCGGCGUGUGCGGUCUCCCCCCAUGCCGCCUAUUCCACCUCAUACAUCCCCAACGCCACCCUGUCUAGCUCCUCUGAGGUCAUCACCCUCAACACCUCCAGCAAGCUCGCCCACUCCCCAACCUCGCCUUACCCCACAGCUCGGCCGCUCAGCCUGGCGUCCUCCACCAACACUGACUCUCUGCUCUCCAGUCCGACAGCCUUUACCCACAGUUCCACCUGCCCGGCUUUGGCAACUUCCACGCCCACUCACACACCAGGGAAUGCUGGUCUGGUAGUCGCGGCGCCUGCUAGUGAGUCAGGUCAUUCAGACGGCAGCGUCCACAGCCACAGCACCUUAGCCCCGACCCCACCAUCGUGUCUGCCGGAGGAGCAGUGGAUCUACGACACGCCCGAAAAUGUGGUGGCCCAACACCGCGCUCUGACCUCCAGCUGCUCCACGCCGAUCAACCAGCUGUACAGCAGCCUGGACCUCUCCUCCAGGACCACUACUGACUCCAGCUCCCUCUACUCCCAGGACAACGAUGGUUACUACACCUCCAUGCACCUGGACUCGGGCCUGCGCUCUCGCAGUCACGGGAGUGGGCACGGGGCGGCGGCUGGACGGGCCACCAGACACAGCAUGUACGAGUGCCGCGAGAUGGCCAACCAGGACGACACCGGAAGCCUGUACAGCGACCGCUCUCUGUCCCGCAGCAUCUCCCUUCGCAAGUCGAAGAAACCUCCGCUGCCUCCGGCGCGCACAGAUUCCCUCAGGCGUAAACCUGGUCCGAAGAAGCCACUCGGAGGCGUCAGCGCCGUCAGUGGUACCAACCAACCGAACGGGGCCAUGCUCAAUGAAACUUUGAUCGCCAGCUUGCAGCAGAGCCUGCAAAUGGGGCUGAGAGGCGGGAAGGGAAAGGGAGCCUCGCCGUCUUCACCCUCUCACAGCCCGAGCAGCGACUACGACGACCCGUGGGUGUUACGGCCGCGCAGCCAGAGCAGCAUCAGCGCGUGCAGCUCUGCGGCCUCGCUGGCAGCCAACUCCAACGGCGGCGGCGUGUCUAACGUGUACUCGUUGUGCCACGUGACACCUGCCCACAGUGAGACCAGCAGCUUGCGUUCUGACUACGCAGAGUCCUGGGGCUACUACAUGGACUAUCCUCGCAACCACGGAGACCAGAGGGCGCAGACCCCUCCGGCCCAUGCCGCCGACAACAUGUCGGCUGGGGCUCACCAGGGAGGCCUACAGAACGGAGGAGUCAUCCACAGCAACGGUCAGGCCCCCGGAGCUCCGGGCCAGGAGGGAGAGGUGUCAGUGAAGCCCAAAACCUCCACCUCCUCCCCGGAUAGAGUCCACAGACUGACCUCCCCGAGUAGCGGCUACUCCAGCCAGUCCAACACCCCCACAGCUGGAACCCCAGUGCCAGCGUUCAUCAGGUCCAUGUCUCCGUCGGGCAGCCGGCCCAGGCCCAAAGUACCGGAGAGGAAGUCAUCUCUCCUCUCCUCGGUCUCCAUCUCCUCCUCCUCCACCUCCCUUUCCUCCAACACUUCAGACUCCCUGAAGAGCUCCGGUCCCGCUCCACCACCUCCUCCACCUCUACCACUCUCCUCCUCGGCUCCCACCACACCUCUGAGCCCACCUCCACCUUUCCCUCCCCCUCUACCACCAAGCUCUAACACAGCUACCCCUCCACCUCCUCCUCCCCCCUUACCAUCCACUCCUCAGGGCGUCGUUCUGAGCCCCCUCUCCACUUGCUCCACGUCCCCAGAAUUCCCACCUCCUCCAUCCCCUGACACACUCAUCCACCCCAGCUCGUCCUUCAAUGGGAGCUUCAGCCCACCCCCGCCCCCUCCCGUCCCCAUCAUGGCGCCUCCUCCGCCUCCUCCACUGCCUGCUUUUGCCGCAGCCUCCUACUCCCCUUCUGUCAUGAAGGUGGCGAAGGAUGCUCUUAAACCGGCUCCUUCCAACAGCCCGACAACGUCACCUAAGCCCCUGAUCACCCCAUUUGCCCUGCAGAGUGUUCAGCUCCGCUCUGUUAAGCGUCCCGAGAAGGAGAUCAAUGGCAAAUCAGAUCACAUCAAAGCUCAGGAAACAGGGAUGGACCUCCUCCAAGGUCUGAAGCCCCGGAGCCUGAACAUGUCUCACCCUCAAGAGCACCCCACCGUGUUAAAUCUGGUGAACAGCUCUCCGGAGAAGGGUUCCCGUCACUCCUCACCAUCGCCCGUGUCACAGCUCUUGGAAGAGUUGUCGCUGGACUUCGACAUUGGAGAGGAUGUGCCAGACGGCGCUGUCGUAAAUGGAAAGGCGGAGGACCGGAGUUACUUUCAUUUAAAUGGGAAAGAAAAAGAGGAAGGACUACUGUUGUCCAGCGCCCCACAGAGCUGCGAAAGCUCUCCCAUCAAACAGGCGCCGCCAGCAGUCUCCAAGAAACCCAAACUUACAUUUGUCCCGCCGUUUAGCCCCCAACAAGUCAACGGACGGGUUCUGUCUCAGCACGAGCGUGCAACCAGUCCGUCACAAACAGAAGACCAAGUAGAUGCCCCGCAAACGAAGGAGAAGGUGGAAGAGGAGAAAGAUGAGCAACAGGAGGAGGAUGAGGAGGAGGAAGAGGAGGAGGAUACUUCAGAGAGCUUUGAGAGACUGGGAGAGAGCAGCCACGUCUACCGCGAAGCUCACUCCUUUAUGUCUGCGUCUGAUGGCCAGGAGACAAGUCUCAACCUUUGCGCUAAUGGCGAGGCUCACGAAGAAGAGGAAGAGGAGGCAGACGGAACAAGCAGCACCACUGGGUCCAUCAGCUCCAAGGAGGACGACGCAGGUGAGGUUUUCGAAUCCAGCACGGCUGAGUCGUCUCCGGCCCCGUCCGCUAACGGGGCGUCCGAGGGGAAGAUGGUGACCCCGACUCCUACGCGGCCCCGGACCACGGAGGACCUCUUCGCCGUCAUUCACAGGUCGAAGCGCAAGGUCCUGGGCCGCAAAGAGUCCGAGGAGGACAAGUCCCGGCCCGGGAGCCAACCCCAGUCUCCGCCUGUCACCCCUACAGGCACGCCUCCGGGGGUGGUGUCGUCGCUGCCCCGCCAGUCGGGCUCCAUCCAGCGCAACCUCCGCAAGUCGUCCACCAGCAGCGACACCUUCAAGGCCCUCCUCCUCAAGAAGGGGAGCCGCUCCGAGACCAGUUUCAGGAUGUCCGCCGCCGAGAUGCUGCGCUCCACCGACCCGCGCUUCCAGCGGACCCGCUCGGAGUCGGCGUUAGACCCCCCUUCGCCCUCGUCCCCCACGGCCCCGCACAGCCCCUCCGCCUCGCCCGGCCGCGGGAAGAGGGCGAUGGACGACUGGAGCCGCUACGACUCCUUCUCCCUGCCCUCCCCGACGUCGUCGCCGUAUUCGAUGAGCGGGUUAAAGUACGGGCGCUCCCGCACGCCGCCCUCUGCUGCCAGCAGCAAGUACAACGCGCGCAGCCGGAUCCUCAGCAGCCCCAUGACUGUAAUCUGUGAGCGGGAGGGGGAACUGGCUGAGAGUGAGUACGGAGACAGCGCGGAAUGUCUGUCUGGACCAGCAGCUCAGACUCUUUCUGUGCUCAGAGACUCCAAUGGCACUUUAUCUGAGGGAAGCAGAAGUUAAAGGAGAAGUGCCCCUUAGAUUUGGGGAGUUGAACUCAUUCAUGUUAACCAGGUAGGGGGCUGGGAGAGGAGCCAGUAGAGGGCCCUCUAGAGACACCUUCCUGAGCCAUGGACAUGUCGGGUCCUGGAUCCGCGGGGGACAGCAGUCCCCUCAGGGAAUGGAUAACGGAGAACUGGUUCUGCUCUAGCGUUUCAAGACUCAUGAUUCUCAUUGUCUCUCCUUCGUUUUGGUGAUUCACCCUCUUUGUUAAAAGAAUAGUGUUUCUUUUACGCCUGCUGUUCUUUCUUUGUUUUCCAUUUGUUUCGCUCUUUUCAUUUUGCUUCAUCCUGCGGGAGCCCUUUAGUUUCUUUAAAGGACAAAGUUAAGACGGCAAACUGAGGUGAAUUGAAGGAAUCGAAAAGUCCCAAACUGUUUGCUUAACUUUGCUGCUGUGGUGCUGCGUAGCCAGGUAGUUGGAAGGAGUGGAAUGUAAAGGCUCGCUCGACGGCCGCCUCGUAAAUCUUCUCAAUUUUCGGCUUCAGUUGGCUCUGGAAAGUGUUUGAGGGCACCACGGUUAGCGAGCAGGUAACGCCGUGGAACGAGCAGCUCCACGGCGCGGCUUCAGCUGCGGUCAUCGCCAGGUUCUUUGCUUUCUGCUCUUAACUCAGUGGUUUUUAGUUGCGGAGCUGGUGUGUUCAGUGGUCCAUAGGAAGUGCAGAGGGCUCAGUGCUGCCACCUAGUGAUGGGAACGGAGUGGGUAAUAGUCGGGACGUAAAGGCUCAACCAAAACAGAAAAUUUACUCACUGAGAAAGGCUCAUAAAAUCUCAAUUAACUGAUUUUUAGUUUGUAGAUUUUGCACAUGUCGUUAUUUGUCUGUGACUUUAAAAAUAUGUUUUAAAAAUGUUUUUAAUGUCUUGUGUUUGGGAGUUAAAUAUAAACCUAUAAAUGUAAAGGACUUAUUAUCUUAUUGUCCAGGUCUUUUAGUGAUUUGGUUUGCCAAAGAGCUUGAAAGUGACAGAGAGCUGGUGGUUAAUCUGGACGUGAACACAAUCUUUGAGCACUAGUGCUCGUACGAGACCCCCCAUCAUUUGGUCAUCUAUUCAUCUAUAGUAAAGCUUGCUGAGAAGAGCUACUUUUAAAAUUAUUUCUAUAACGCUGUUUACCCUUUGGCUAAGUUUAUCCUUUUGCAGUUUUAUAUGUAUGUAAAUACAUAGAGAAAUGAGUUUUAAGUAACAUUUGACUUAUUUUCAAAGACUUUGUACAUUUUUAGAGCCCUGUGUUUUGCUGAAAGGGAGUGGUUUCCUUUUUGUAGAUUAUUUAUUUUCACAUAGCAGGGCGCCAGUAUGGCCGAGCAGCCGGGUGGAAGAUGGGGUUUGAAGGUUAGGCCGAGAAAUCAAAGGGCCACAUUUACCGCGCUGACCCCACCAGGCCAUUUUUCUUUUCAAGGUGCUUCGAAAAAAGUGCAGUAAUGUCAAUAUUUAUGCUCGAGCCUUCUACUGCCCUUAAUCUUGUGUCAUGCAAAUCCCACGCUGGUGCUCCCAGCUGAGUAAAUGUGGUCUCUUUAGAGUCGUAAACUGAGGUGACAGGCGUGAGACUCCAUAACCUCCAUAACAGCCAUAACACCCCUCGGUUUAAUCACCUGUGACCAAAGUGCGUCUCCCAGCUCCCGCCUUGCUCGUCUCGUGACAGGAGACGCCUCAAUCCUCGAGAGCUUGUGAAAAAAAAAAAAGACGGGGACGGCAGCAGGAUUUGUGAAGAGGUGGCGGGAGCGGAGCUGAACGCAGGCCGGUAACGCUCUUGUGUAUGUAUGUGUAAUUAAAAAAAAAAAACAAGGUGAUAUUUAAA